GACGUAGUAAACAAUAAACAUACCUAACAAUUGCAAUAGUCAAUAGUGGAACUAUAACAUAUUAACUGUCAUUGAGUUGUUUACACGUUCAAAAUUUCGGUAUUUUGGCACUCCGUUUAGGUUAAUUUAUUAUGUAGUUUUCUAGUUUUUUUGGUGAAACAGUAAGAAUAAAUAAACAUUCUUUGGUCACCUUUAUGUUUUAGGGAGUAAGAACUAAUGUUUUGACGACGUGAUAAUACUUGUUGAUUUAGUGGUUUGAUUUUAAAACAGUGUAUGUUUAGAAGGUUAGAUCUCGAAUUUGUUUAUAAUCAUUCUUAUUUAGCUUAUAAUAUUGUAGUAGGUUGAAAGUGCGCGCGAAAUGGAUUUGCCUUCUCGAAAUGUUGAAAUCAAAGCAAAAGUUAGGGAUUUUGAGAGUAUUAUACUCAAAGCUGAAGAAAUGAGUGGGAAAGAACCCAUCAAACUGAACCAAAAAGAUAUAUUUUACCACUCUUUCUACAGAGAGAACCGUUUAAAACUCAGAGAUGAGAAUGGCUGUGGAACUCUAAUAUCUUAUAGUCGCCCUGAUUUGGAAGGACCAAAAUUAAGUAAAUAUAAGAAGUGCCAAGUUAAUGAUCCUUCUGCCCUGUCUGCCGUUUUGGAAGAUGCCUUGGGUGUGAAAGGUGUCGUGAAGAAACAGAGAUUUUUGUUUUUUGUUGGACAGACUCGUAUACAUAUAGAUCAAGUUGAAGGUUUAGGCAAUUUUAUGGAACUUGAGGUGGGUUUGAGAGAUACUCAGAGUGUUGAGGAAGGUCAGGUGAUUGCCCAAGAGCUAAUGUCUCAGCUCGGUGUCUCUGAACUGACUUAUACGUUUUGCUAUUAAUGUUUGCACAGGUGGGUUUGAGAGAUACUCAGAGUGUUGAGGAAGGUCAAGUGAUUGCCCAAGAGCUAAUGUCUCAGCUCAGUGUCUCUGAACUGACUUAUACGUGUUGCUAUUAAUGUUUGCACAGGUGGGUUUGAGAGAUACUCAGAGUGUUGAGGAAGGUCAGGUGAUUGCCCAAGAGCUAAUGUCUCAGCUCGGUGUCUCUGAACUGACUUAUACGUUUUGCUAUUAAUGUUUGCACAGGUGGGUUUGAGAGAUACUCAGAGUGUUGAGGAAGGUCAAGUGAUUGCCCAAGAGCUAAUGUCUCAGCUCAGUGUCUCUGAACUGACUUAUACGUGUUGCUAUUAAUGUUUGCACAGGUGGGUUUGAGAGAUACUCAGAGUGUUGAGGAAGGUCAGGUGAUUGCCCAAGAGCUAAUGUCUCAGCUCGGUGUCUCUGAGACUGACUUAUUGGCAGGAGCUUAUAUGGACAUGAUGCAGAAACAUUCUGAAACCGUUUCCAUUUAAUUUUAAUAAACAUUACUUUUUAA